AUGGACUACUAUAGACCGCAGCCACAGGAUUUCCAGCAGUACCCAACCCCGCAACACUACUCUACUGGAAUUGCCCCCGGUCAAAAUCAUGCCCAACCAACGGCCACUCAUUCUUCUCAUUGGAAUAAUGACUACAACGCUGUCGCUCAGCAAAGCGCCUCUGCCAAUACUCAACCACGUCGUCCACCACAGCAGAAUAACACGACCUACGCCUACCGUCCGCCACCCCAACUCCAAGCCGAUCCAAGUGGCACUGCUGCUCUAACGAUGGGAAGAACUGGACAGACCCCGAUGAUGGCUCAGGGACCUCAGGGACCCCCGCUACCGCCACAGUUGCAAGAGCUGCCCCUCCGCAUGGUGGUCGAGGCGAAGUAUGUUGGAGCGAUCAUCGGCCAGGGUGGUGGCAAUAUCCGCGAGAUCAGCAAGGACAGCAAGGCCCGUUGUGUUGUUGAUGUUCAGAGGGCGAUGAGGGAUCAGGAUGGGAUUAUUGAGAAGGUGAUCUCCAUCGGCGGACAACCCGAAAACUGCACAAAGGCCUGCAUGAAGGUGCUCGAAGUCAUCCAGCGUGAGCUCGAGAAGGAGGAGCCGGAGAAGACAAACGGCGAGGUGACGCUCAAACUUCGUGCUCACAACCAGCUCGUCGGGCGUCUCAUCGGAAAACAGGGAUCCACCAUUAAGAAGAUUAUGCAGGACACGAAUUCGACGAUUUUUGUGUCGAACUCUGAGCCAGCCUCCCAAAUGUCGGCCUCAAUGCCGCCAAUGUUCGACCUCCUCCAAAUGGAGCGCACAAUCACAGUUCGUGCUCCCACCAUCCAAGACGUCUCAAAUGCCGAGCAGCGCAUCAGCGCCAAGCUCCGUCAAAGCUUUGAGAUUGAUAUUGCCAAUCGGCUGCAACAAUUCCCCGGCGGCUACCCGAUGCCUGGCAUGCUUCCAUCAAUGGUCAAUCCAAUCGGUGAUGCCUAUGCAAUGUCUGGAAUGAAUCUACGCAACAAUCUACAAGGCAACAUCACCAAGACCGUCCGCAUGUAUGUGCCGAAUAAUAUGGUUGGAGCGAUUAUUGGGACCAAGGGCUCCAACAUCCGCCAAAUCAUGCGCAACAGCGGCGCCCAAGUCAAAAUCGACGGCGGUGAGCGGAGAAUAAAGGAGGGGAUGGACCCGGAGGAGAUUGAGCGCGAGAAGGAGCGCGAGAGGGAGGAGCGCGAGAAAAAUCCAGAGGAAGAGCGUCUCGUUACAAUUACCGGAAAUGACAGUCAACAAUGUCGAGCUCAAUUCUGGAUCUAUCAACGUGUCGCCGAGCAGACGAGCCAUAAUAUCGAGGAUGUUAAACUCCGGACCGAGAUCCAAGUUCCGGCCAAGCUUGUCGGCCGAAUUAUCGGCAAGGGCGGCCAGAACGUGCGUGAGCUUCAGAGGAUUACCGGCGCUCAGGUGGAUAUUGUAAAAAUCCCGGAUGAAAAUGAGGAGGGAGCUGCUGCCGGAGGAGCUGGAGCUGCCGAAAAUCCGACCCCGGCCGAGGGCGAAGACUCGGGCUCGAAUGCCCCGACCCCUGUCGUUAGGAAAGAAUCUGGCGACGACGAGAGCUGCGUGCGUAUCGUGGCCAACUUCCAGUCGUCGAUCUCGGUCCAGUUGCGGAUCUCGCACGUUUGCGCCGAGUUCCAGCGCCUCUCCAAUCUCAACGACCGCCGGGAGCGUUAUAAUAAGGAUGAUAGAGAUGAGGACAGCGAGCAGCCCGAGGCCGAGAACGUCUCCACCGAAUCGCCGGAAGCCACGGAA